AUGGUUGCAUUUUUGGUAAGAUACAAACCAGUAUCGCUGAACGCUAUGCUCAAGCCACUGAAAGACGUCUAUGAUGAAACGUUCGCGCAGUGUUUCAACGUUGAACGGAAUGCAAAUUUCUUAUCGAAAUCUGAAGAAUGCCUUUCGGCGGGUCGUUUCGCCGAUUUUGCGACACUAAUGUGCGAAAUUGCACGGCGCGCAUUGGCACUACCAGCCAAAUCUGUGUGGCAUCCGAAAUGGGCCGAAAUAUUGGUGAGAGCUGAGCGAUUUCGCCAGGCAGUCUUGAAGUCAGCACUACCGUUCGCGUACGUUCGAGGAGUGGUGGCACAGGUUCGGACUAUGACUGCUCAUUGA